AUGAUGAUCUGCCUCCUGAUUGGCUUCUUGGUCCCAGUGACGGUUUUCACAGCUCCUUCCCCCAUCAACCGCUUGGCGCUAUUUCCAGAUAAGAGCGCCUGGUGUGAAGCCAAGAAUAUUACGCAGAUUGUGGGUCACAACGGCUGUGAAUCCAAGUCCAUCCAGAACCGGUAAGAUAUCUGUGGUGGAAAUGGGGCCGAGUGGGGAGAACAGAAAGGUUCCGCUACACUGGGCUGAUUGUAACGCAUCCAUCAUUAUUCACUAAUGUGAGAAUCGUCAGGGAUUCAGCGUGACGUAGAUUUUCUCUAAGUCAGUAUGUUUGUUUUCAGUCUGCCUGUUUCGGCCAUAAAUUUUAAAUUCACGUUCAGGGUUUUCCACUAAAGUGCUAAUUGACAGAAUUUCACAUUUAAAGUAACAAUAUAGUCACCUAAACAACUCUAGCUUAAAGGACCACUAUAGUGCCAGGAAAACAUACUCGUUUUCCUGGCACUAUAGUGCACUGAGGGUGCCCCCACCCUCAGGGACCCCCUCCCGCCCGGCUCUGGAAGGGGGAAAGGGUUAAAAACUUACCUUUUUCCAGCGCUGGGCGGAGAGCUCUCCUCCUUCUCUCCUCCUCCGUCCCUCCUCCUGGGCUGAAUGCGCACGCGCGGCAAGAGCUGCGCGCGCAUUCAGCCCGUCGCAUAGGAAAGCAUUUACAAUGCUUUCCUAUGGACGCUUGCAUGUUCUCACUGUGAAAAUCACAGUGAGAAGCACGCAAGCGCCUCUAGUGGCUGUCAACACAGCCUACAUGAAAAAAAAAACUGGUUUCACUUUCAAAAAGAUGUAAUUUACCUUAAACAAUAUUAUCUCUUUCUCUGUAAAUUUAACUUUAAUCACAUACAGGAGGCUCUUGCAGGGUCUAGCAAGCUAUUAAAGGGACACUCCAGGCUACCACACACGUUAGAUGUACUGUGUAGGUUAGGUUACAGUUAGUUAUACUGGGUGGGUUUAUAUUAUGAAAGGGACACUCCAGGCUCCCACACACGUUGGAUGCACUGUGUAGGUUAGGGUACAGUUAGUUAUACUGGGUGGGUUUAUAUUAUUAAAGGGACACUCCAGGCUCCCACACACGUUAGAUGCACUGUGUAAGUUAGGUUACAGCUAGUUAUACUGGGUGGGUUUAUAUUAUGAAAGGGACACUCCAGGCUCCCACACAUGUUAGGUGCACUGUGUAGGUUAGGUUACAGUUAGUUAUACUGGGUGGGUUUAUAUUAUUAAAGGGACACUCCAGGCUCCCACACACGUUAGAUGCACUGUGUAGGUUAGGUUACGGUUAUACUGGGUGGGUUUAUAUUAUUAAAGGGACACUCCAGGCUCCCACACAUGUUAGGUGCACUGUGUAGGUUAGGUUACAGUUAUACUGGGUGGGUUUAUAUUAUUAAAGGGACACUCCAGGCUCCCACACACGUUAGAUGCACUGUGUAGGUUAGGUUACAGUUAGUUAUACUGGGUGGGUUAAUAUUAUUAAAGGGACACUCCAAGCUCCCACACACGUUAGAUGCACUGUGUAGGUUAGGUUACAGUUAGUUAUACUGGGUGGGUUCAUAUUAUUAAAGGACACUACAGGCUCCCACACAUGUUAGGUGCACUGUGUAGGCACUGUGUAGGUUAGGUUACAGUUAUACUGGGUGGGUUUAUAUUAUUAAAGGGACACUCCAGGCUCUUACACACGUUAGAUGCACUGUGUAGGUUAGUUUACAGUUAGUUAUACUGGGUGGGUUUAUAUUAUUAAAUGGACACUCCAGGCUACCACACACGUUAGAUGUACUGUGUAGGUUAGGUUACAGUUAGUUAUACUGGGUGGGUUUAUAUUAUGAAAGGGACACUCCAGGCUCCCACACACGUUGGAUGCACUGUGUAGGUUAGGGUACAGUUAGUUAUACUGGGUGGGUUUAUAUUAUUAAAGGGACACUCCAGGCUCCCACACACGUUAGAUGCACUGUGUAAGUUAGGUUACAGCUAGUUAUACUGGGUGGGUUUAUAUUAUGAAAGGGACACUCCAGGCUCCCACACAUGUUAGGUGCACUGUGUAGGUUAGGUUACAGUUAGUUAUACUGGGUGGGUUUAUAUUAUUAAAGGGACACUCCAGGCUCCCACACACGUUAGAUGCACUGUGUAGGUUAGGUUACAGUUAGUUAUACUGGGUGGGUUUAUAUUAAUAAAGGGACACUCCAAGCUCUCACACAUGUUAGGUGCACUGUGUAGGUUAGAUUACAGGUAGUUAUACUGGGUGGGUUUAUAUUAUUAAAGGGACACUCCAGGCUCCCACACACGUUAGAUGCACUGUGUAGGUUAGGUUACAGUUAGUUAUACUGGGUGGGUUAAUAUUAUUAAAGGGACACUCCAAGCUCCCACACACGUUAGAUGCACUGUGUAGGUUAGGUUACAGUUAGUUAUACUGGGUGGGUUCAUAUUAUUAAAGGACACUACAGGCUCCCACACAUGUUAGGUGCACUGUGUAGGCACUGUGUAGGUUAGGUUACAGUUAUACUGGGUGGGUUUAUAUUAUUAAAGGGACACUCCAGGCUCUUACACACGUUAGAUGCACUGUGUAGGUUAGUUUACAGUUAGUUAUACUGGGUGGGUUUAUAUUAUUAAUGGACACUUCAGGCUCCCACACAUGUUAGGUGCACUGUGUAGGUUAGGUUACAGUUAGUUAUACUGGGUGGGUUUAUAUUAUUAAAGGGACACUCCAAGCUCUCACACGUUAGGUGCACUGUGUAGGUUAAGUUACAGUUAUUUAUACUGGGUGGGUUUAUAUUAUUAAAGGGACACUCCAAGCUCUCACACAUGUUAGAUGCACUGUGUAGAUUAGGUUACAGUUAUACUGGGUGGGUUUAUAUUAUUAAAGGGACACUCCAGGCUCCCACACACGUUAGGUGCACUGUGUAGGUUAGGUUACAGUUAGUUAUACUGGGUGGGUUUAUAUUAUUAAAGGGACACUCCAGGCUCCACACACGUUAGAUGCACUGUGUAGGUUAGGUUACAGUUAGUUAUACUGGGUGGGUUUAUAUUAUUAAAGGGACACUCCAGGCUCCCACACACGUUAGAUGCACUGUGUAGGUUAGGUUACAGUUAGUUAUACUGGGUGGGUUUAUAUUAUUAAAGGGACACUCCAGGCUCCCACACACGUUAGGUGCACUGUGUAGGUUAGGUUACAGUUAGUUAUACUGGGUGGGUUUAUAUUAUUAAAGGGACACUCCAGGCUCCCACACACGUUAGAUGCACUGUGUAGGUUAGGUUACAGUUAGUUAUACUGGGUGGGUUUAUAUUAUUAAAGGGACACUCCAGGCUCCCACACACGUUAGAUGCACUGUGUAGGUUAGGUUACAGUUAGUUAUACUGGGUGGGUUUAUAUUAUUAAAGGGACACUCCAGGCUCCCACACACGUUAGAUGCACUGUGUAGGUUAGGUUACAGUUAGUUAUACUGGGUGGGUUUAUAUUAUUAAAGGGACACUCCAGGCUCCCACACACGUUAGGUACACUGUGUAGGUUAGGUUACAGUUAGUUAUACUGGGUGGGGUUAUAUUAUUAAAGGGACACUCCAGGCUCCCACACACAUUAGAUGCACUGUGUAGGUUAGGUUACAGUUAGUUAUACUGGGUGGGUUUAUAUUAUUAAAGGGACACUCCAGGCUCCCACACACGUUAGAUGCACUGUGUAGUUGGUUAAACUAUGUGAGCAAGAAAAUCAAAUGUGAGUUUCUUAUUAUUCAUAGUCUAUAUAUUUAUAUUAAAAUGAGUUUAACCCUUUGGCACUGUGUGGUUGCCCUUGAACAGCAUUUGUCAGUAGAUAGUCUGAAAUGCUGUGAAGUUAAAUGUAUUAUGCUUACCUUUGCUGCUUUAGUCACCCCAGUAAAUACUGUACUUCAAUUGCAUUUUCUAUGCGAGGAAACUCUAUAAUUAAACAUUUACUUUAGUUUAAAUGCAAAUUAAUUUAAGACCCUUAUUUAUUUAACCCUUAGUUACAAGCAGAAACCUAGAAAUCUAUGUUGUAAACAGACGGAUCAUGUCUUGAAAUACAGUGUUAGCAUAAUCUAUUGUUAUUAGAGUGAGUGUGUUUAUAAAUCCCAUUUGGCUGCUACCUACCUGCUAAUUCUGCGUUUUAUUUGCAGGGCCUGCCUGGGACAGUGCUUCAGUUACAGCGUACCCAAUACAUUCCCGCAGUAUACCGAGUCCCUGGUACACUGUGACUCAUGUAUGCCGGCCAAGUCCAUGUGGGAUGUGGUAAAUGUUACUUAUGUACAAUAUGGGGAUCAUUCACUAAACGCCACACUGGAGGGAACUAGAAACCAGAUGGCAAUAUCUAGAUAAAACGACUGAUUUGGGAAAAUUCUCAGACUCUUAUUAUCAUCAUCUGGGAUUUUUUUGUUUUCUAUUAACUUAAACUGGGUGUUUAAAGAGUUACAAGGUAGCAAGGGGAGUGUGAAUAAGUGUAUCUGGUGUUAUUACAGAUCAGCGCCAGCAGAUGGCAGCCUUAUAGCUGUUGUUUUUUUUUCUCUAUACAUUCUCUAUACUGCCUGCAUAUUUGUUGAAGGCAAGAUUAAUGUAUUUUAUAUUAGUGUGAGAUCAAGGCAGUCACACACAGUAAAUCUCUGGUUAAAGGGUUCCUCCAAGCAGAAAGAAAGUGUUUUAUUAAACCGUGUUUAAUUUGUGGUUCGAGUAGCCCGUUUUGAAGCGCGGAUUUAUGUGGGGGCACUAGGGUAAGUGAUGGCGCCCGCCAUCGGGUACCCAGAACAUAUAUAUUAUAUAUACAUAUAUAUUUUUCUCUUUCUACCGCAUUUAUUAAUGCAGCCAAGCAGCAUUGAAAUGACGCCCCGAUAACGCUGCUGGAGGUGGAGGUAAACCUUUGGCAGCAGAGGGGGUUAAACACCAUAUAAGGUGUGUUUCAUAGCAAAACGCUGCAUAUACCGACUCCAGGCACCAUGACCACUUCAAAUCACUGUAGUGGUCAUGGUGUUUGGAGUAGCCCUUUAAUGUUUGGUAUUUAGACGGAGGCUGAUUCAGGCUUUGCAUUAGAUGACAGAUAUCCUGUUUUAAGCCCAGAAAUCAGAACAUUCUCCUCUUUUGCCACUAUUGUGUCACCAUUUAAAGAAUGCUAAUUUUUCCUCUGUUUCUGUCUUUCCCAAUAAUAGGUCACUUUGGAGUGCCCAGGUAACGAGGAGGUACCACGCGUGGACAAGUUAGUGGAAAAGAUUCUGCGUUGCAGUUGUCAGGCGUGUGGGAAGGAGCAGAGCCAGGAGGGUGCCAUGUUUAACGUCUACCUAAACACUGCUGAGGAGACACUUCCUCCUGCAGAGAACAUUGGUCGCCACCAGCAGCCCCCACACGAGGAGGAUUCACCUUCCCCAGCACAGCGGGACGGAGAGAGCGAGGAGUGA